CCAUUUUUCCUGGGUUCUGAUUGGUUCGGAGUAGUGUCCUUCAAUGUUGCCGUUGGCCAAUGAGAUCACAGCACCUGCCUCGGGGGUUCCGCCUUCCGGAGGACACACGAUUGCAAAGCAAAGGAAAGCUUCUUUGACUUCAAAGCGAAAACCGGACUGAAGCGCUCCUUAGAUUGGAAUUGCGGCAUACAUACGUGCCAAGUGAGCGCCUCGUCAUGCCUUUAAAUUGGCCAGGCAAAGAUUUUGAGGACAUUUCAACGAGAGGAUAUUGUGACAAGAUGCGUCCGCGGAGUGCUUUCUGAACCCGCUCCACAAAGCCCCUGAAGCAGGCCCGCCCGUGUUUUUGUUUUCAAUUGUGUUGGACGCGAUUUCCUUUAUUGUUUUUCUUUUCUUCAUUUUUUUUUCCUUUUUCUGUCGAUCUAGCAGUUGAUGAUGAGCAAACAUGUCAGGGAAUCACUACAAAGGCCACGAAGUCAGCUGCUGCAUCAAAUACUUCAUUUUUGGAUUCAACAUCCUCUUUUGGCUGCUGGGCAUGGCUUUGGUUGGAAUUGGCUUGUGGGCAUGGAGUGAGAAGGGAGUUCUGUCCAACAUUUCGUCCAUCACGGACUUGGGUGGUCUCGACCCGGUGUGGCUCUUCAUGGUGGUCGGUGGGGUCAUGUUCAUCCUGGGCUUUGCCGGAUGCAUCGGAGCGCUGCGGGAAAACACCUUCCUGCUCAAAUUUUUCUCGGUGUUCCUGGGAAUCAUAUUUUUCCUGGAGCUGACCACCGGCAUCCUGGCUUUCGUCUUCAAGGACUGGAUCAAGGACCAGUUGAACCUGUUCAUCAACAACAACAUCCGGGCUUACCGGGACGAUAUCGACCUGCAGAACCUAAUUGAUUUCACUCAGGAAUAUUGGGAGUGCUGCGGCGCCUUUGGAGCGGACGACUGGAACCUCAACAUCUACUUUAACUGCACCGAUGGAAACCCCAGUCGGGAAAAGUGCGGCGUUCCCUUCUCCUGCUGCACCAAGGACCCCGCAGAGGAUGUAAUAAACACUCAAUGCGGAUAUGACAUUCGAGCAAAACCAGACUCGGAGCAGAAGGAUUACAUCAACGUGAAAGGCUGCGUGCCGCAGUUUGAGAAGUGGCUGCAGGACAACCUCACCUUAGUGGCGGGGAUAUUCAUUGGCGUGGCGUUGCUGCAGAUCUUUGGAAUAUGUUUGGCGCAGAAUUUAGUGAGUGACAUUGAAGCAGUGCGCGCAAGCUGGGUGCCCCCCCAACUCUCCAUACGUCGACCCCCGCCAAACUCUGGCAAGAACACUCUGGCGUACUACUCGUGAGGCACAUGCUAUGUGUGUUUGUAUCCGUGGAUUUUGACGAGUCGGCUGCAGGACUUGAGCCCCCCCACCCCUCCUGUGAGGACGUCAAUGAGGGGGACAUCCACCUGCACUACUCACCGAGCCAGCACCUUUUUAAGGCACUACUACUGUGUGAAAAAAGAUGAUGUAUGUACAGUAUAUACAUGUAAAAAGAAAAACACUGCCCGUCUUUAGGUUACUGUUGUAGUUGAGACACUGUUCCCGUAACGUUGGCUAGUUGUCUGUUUACCAUUACAGUCAUUAAAAAGAGCAAUAAGAUCAUUUAAAUGUGGGCAACCAGGAGAUAGCCUCGUUAGCUUACCAUGUUAAGCUAGCUAGCGCCGAUGGCUAGUAACCCGGCCCGGCGUUAGUAGAGUAGCGUUAGCGUUGUGAGCUAACAUGGGUAAUACAUUGCUUACCUGUUGAUUUUUUUUGGGGGGGGGGGGAUUCAAAUAACUGGUUUUGAUAAAUACCUUUAACAAUAGAACAGCAUUUUGCAUAAUUUGUUUGCGGGACAUAUGAUCCAUUAGACCAGUGAUUCUCAACUGGUUGUUCUUGACCCAAAAGCGCCUUGCAGACAGCUAGUAAAAAAACGCAGUGAUAUUCGUAUUCUAAUUUUUUGGGCACAAUAUGAAACUUCCCACAUGGAACUUGUUACAAUUUAUUUGGUAAGUGACGGAGCUACUCAAGUUGCGAGUUUACAAUACAUGCUAUGCGAGCACAGCCUUUGGCUCACAGGCGUCAUAGCUAGCAAUACACUAAAUUCAUUUGAAACAGCGUUUAAAAAUAUAACAUUGUACAGUAUAUGUAUUGUCAAUGGCAUUUCCCUUCCACCACUCACCCAAAAAAUGCUUGAUUGUUCUUAACUUCCAUAAAAGUGGGUCGUGACCUUAUAACAGCAGGAAGAUGCGGGUCCCAGAGUGGCAACAGUUGAGAACCACUGCAGUGGACUUUGGUUUUAGUAUAACUUCAGCCAUCAAAAAUAUCCUAUUUACUGUACAAUGUUUUAUGUGACUUUUUACUUAAACCAUGAACCGUUUGAGGGUGGGAAUUUUGUCCAUAAAAAAAAAAAAAAACACGUUCCUUUACUAUUGAUAAUUCACGUAACAUUUCACAUGAGUUGUUUGAGGGUACAGAAUUUUGUGACACUUGUUUUUUAUUAGUCCCAACCUGUCAUUUGAGGUCAUCAGUGCUGUGAAGGGUUUGGGGUCCAAGUAUGUAGUUUUUGGAAGGUGUUUAAUGCACUAUUGUGUCAGCAAAGAUUGCUAAGUUUUGGUUAUGCGGCAGGAGCCGUCCCGUUUUAAUUCAUUUAAUAUGUAUUUGCCACUCAUUCAUGGUAUACUGUAUGUUUCUGCACUUGAAUCAAAACCUGACAAAAGCAUCUUGUAUGUAUUUGGUUUUUAUGAACCCAAUUGACUUGCUCUUUAAAAAAAAAAAAAAAAGGCAUUUGAUAUUUGAUAUGAUUCAUGUGUGUGUAAAAUACUCAUCACUGGCCACUGUACCUUGGGUUGUUUUAGGUCACACUAUUUUCCACAAAAGUAUUAUUUAUAAUAUGGUCUCAUUUAUUACCUUGAAAAUGGGGCCGGGUUUAAAAUAAAUGACUCAAAUAUUGA